AUGGCGAUCUGUACUUAUAACGCACGAACGCUUGCAUCGGAAGCGGCCAUCGAAGAUCUGAUGAUGCAAGCCAAGAAGAUCAAGUACGACGUCAUCGGACUGACCGAGAUGAAAGGACGUCACCCUCUCAACGCCGUAUAUGAAACUGGAGAAGAACUGUUCUUAGGAACACGCGACAGUAGAGGUGUUGGUGGAGUUGGCGUCCUCGUCAACACGAGUAUGGCAAAGAACAUCGACUCUUUUGAACAACUUACGAUCCGAAUCGGACGUCUGCGGAUGAGAAGAUGUGGCCCAACACCAGCUUUGACUAUCUUCGUCGCUUACACUCCAACGAAUCAAGCUACGAAGGAGAAGAAGUCGAAGCUUUCUAUAAGGACCUGGAGAAGUUCUACAGAGAAGAUCAUACCUUUUACAAGGUCAUAA